AGGAGCUCCCCGGAGCCCCUGCGCCUCCUGCCCAUUGCUAGUUAUGGCAAAUGGUGGCGGCGGUGGCGGCGGCGGCGGCGGAGGCGGCAGCAGUCUUAGAAUGAGUAGCAAUAUCCACGCGAACCAUCUCAGCCUAGACGCGUCCUCCUCCUCUUCUUCUUCCUCUUCCUCCUCCUCCUCGUCCUCUUCCUUGGUCCAAGAGCCCAAGAUGGAUGCGCUUAUCAUCCCGGUGACCAUGGAGGUGCCGUGUGACAGCCGGGGCCAGCGCAUGUGGUGGGCUUUCCUGGCCUCCUCCAUGGUGACUUUCUUCGGGGGCCUCUUCAUCAUCUUGCUCUGGCGGACGCUCAAGUACCUGUGGACCGUCUGCUGCAACUGCGAGGACAAGAGCAAGGUAACACGCCCCAGCUUCCCCAACCCGCUGGCUCUGGGGCGACCCCCUCACCUGAGGUUCCUAGCCACUGCCCAGGUCUUUCCCUCCUUU